AGUAGAGAAAGAGCACUCGACUUGUGAAGUCAUAAAAAAAAGUUUAACUGCAUCUUAAUUGCUUCUCUAGAGUCAUAACCCUUGACCCUAAAAACGUGCAACAUCCAUCAGUGAUUAUUUUUUUUAUAAUUAGUCGAAUGUGUAGUGUUUUUAAUAAUUUUUUUUUUUUUGUAAAGCAAUGAGAGAUAAAUUUUCUAUCUAUAGUCGUGAAUUAGUGAAAUUUUUCAUUACUUAGUUGAUGGAAAGAGAAGAAAAAAAUUUUCUUUGAAUAAAAAUAACUGAAUAAAAAAAAAUUAUUUUAAAGUUUACCGUUGCAAAAAAAAAAAAAAUACAGAGUGGAAUAAGAAAAAGAAGUAAAAAAAUAUUUUUUAAAAAAAGAGAAAAAAAAAAGAAGUAAAGCAAGUAAAGACUGUGAAAAGAAUUGGAAAUCAGUGACGUGGAUUUCGUAUAAAAAAAAUUAUUUAAGUUAAGCUAAAAAUAAAAAAAAAUAAAGUGUAAAAAAUUUAAGUGCAUCUUGUACAUACAUAUGCGAGAUAAAAAAAUUACUUAUACACAUUUAAGGAUAGACUAUUGUGGAUUUAUUAGUUACUGUUCAAGAUUCAAAAACCCAAACAAAACAAGACAAACUAAUUAACAGAGAGUGACUUUACUGUAGGAAGCAAGUGAAUUAAAUUAUUAUAUGUGAAGUGUAUCUUUAUGUCUCGAGUGUGUGUAUGUUGUGUAUUCAUGUGUACUGAAUGAGAACAAACAUAAACCAUCAAGUAGAAAAAUAAUUUUUUUCCUGAGCAUUUAACGGAUAUAAAAUAUUUUUUUUUUCUUCAUCUUCAAUGUACGUAUACAUACUCUGAGCAUAUAAUCAGAGAGAAAUAACGCAAAACUCAACAUUUGAACUACAGUUAAUCGUGUUGAAAGCAGAAAGUGGAAGUGUUGAAGCUUUUCAACAUAUUAUGCUGAUUGUUUACUUCCAACAUAAUUUUGUAAAGUGAAAAUUAUUUGUUCCAUACAUAAUUGAGGAAUAGGAAGCCUUAAAAACAAUCAAUUGCAAUAGAAUUAGACAUGAUAUGCUAUGAUCAUCAUAACUUAUAGAAAAAGAAGAAGAAAAUGUUAAUUAUUAGUUGAUAGAUUUACAAUUAUUGUGAGUGAAAUCAUGAGAACUUGAUAUAUACCCAACAUAGUGUACUGUAACAUAAUUUAUAAGUGAAUAAACAAAAUUAUUUGUGAAUAAAAAAUAAAACAAAGUAAACAUACACAAAGUGCAAUCAAAAAACGAUGGAUUACGCAAGAAAGUUCGUCAAUAUAGAGAGAAACUGGUAGACACUGGAAUACAAUACAAUAAAAGAAGCGGAAAUUUCAAUUGCAAAUAGCUUACAACUAUAAAGAAAUAAAAACAAUUUUUCCACUUCUUCAUUUCGAAAGGAAGAGAAGAAAUCAAAAUUCAAAUUUUAUUAAAAUUCACACAAGAAAAAGUGCAUCUUAAGAUGGAGCCUGAUCAGCAGUCUACAGCUGAGAGGGACAAUGAAACGACACAACAAACAGAAACAGAACAAAUAAAAUGUGAGGAAAAGUGUGAUAAAAUUGAAAAACCAGAAGAAACAAAAAUCAAUGAAAAUAGUCAAUCAAGAGAGACUAAACCUCAAGAGCAAAAUUCAAUUAAAAAAGAUGAUUCUAAUGUUGUUGUUCCGCAAAGUAUCCAAUUAAAUUCAACAGAUAAUAAGUCUGAGUUAGAGACUAAAACUAAUGAAACUAAUUCAGAGAAUAACGAAGCCUCGAAUAGCAAGAACGAUGUUGAUAAAACUAAUGAAAAUAGUGCAGAACUAAGUGAUGAAAAGAAAAGUGUAGAAAUAGAAAAUAAGAAUAAUAAUGAUAGUAAAACAAAUAGCAACUAUAUGUCAGCUUUUCCAGGUAUAAAAACUGGAAAUCCUGGUGGUAGUGAUGAUAAAAUUGAGAUAGAUAGAGAGAGUUUGUUCGAUAGAGUGAUUUUAUAUUCCCUAAAGAAUACCGUUGUCGAUAAUAGUCGUUUGGAUGCUGCAAAGAACAAAUACAUUAAAAAUAAUGGCAAUGUGAAUGCAAGCUUUAAUAAUAAUAAUAAUAAUAAUAAUAAUAAUAGUAGUAAUAUUAAUAACAAUAGCAACAAUAGUAGUAACGGAAGUGAUAGCAAUUCGACAAGUAAAUCCGUAGAAAAACUUAUAGAAGAAUUUAAAGGUAGCUGUAAAUCAAAUAAUGGAAAUACUCCAUCAACGACAACGUCAAAAAUUAAUAACGAACAACACAAAAUUGAUAAUAAGGAAAUAUUAAAUGGUGCUGAUAAAAGUAUAGAUAGUUUAGAGCCAGCGAAUAAAAAUGUAGAAAAUGAGAAAUUAGUGGAGGAUGUUAAAGUUUCACCGAAGCCAUCAGACGAUGUCGUUAAUAGUUCGUCUGUACAUGAUGUAAUUGAUCUUAAAACAAAUUCACCAAAUAUGGUAGUGUCUCAACAACAAAUGAACACAGAAAAUGAGGGACUUGACUUUAGAGACUCAUCGAGUAGUAAUACAAAAAAUAAUGAGGAUAAGGCUGGACCUACAAUGCUCGACUUGAGUGUGAAACGUGAUGACAAAUCAGUCCCUCCAAUAAAACGUAGUCAUGCACUUUACGUUGGUAUACCAGAUUUCUCUAAGCAAAUAUUUACUGCACCAUCAAUUACUCGUCCUACAAAUACACAAAUGAAUCCUCUUCCAUCAUCGUCAUCUAAUAAUGCGGGUGUAGCGCCAAAAGUAAGAAAUCCAGACUUUUCAAGUAUGUCGCGUGCACCUGAAUUACAAAUGAGAAAUCCAGACUUUUCAAAAGGUUUUGGUAGUCUGGAAAAUCCACCACCAUCUAAUGUUCCAAUUACACCAUCAAAUUUUCCCGAGAUAGCUCGAAAAAACAAUUACAUCAGUGACUUACAAUUGAAACCGCCACCUAGUGCUUCAAUGACACCAUCAACAUCUUAUAAAAUUGAUUAUCGUCUACCUUCAAUGCCCCCACAAAAAGUUCUCAAUGAACAGCAACAAAAUAUAGACAGUAAUGCACAUAGCAAAUCACCUUAUCCGAGUUCAAAGGGAGAAAACGAAAGUAUAUACAAUCAGCAAUUAGUGGAUGAGCCAAUGGCUCACAUCAUUCACAAAAAUCAAUUUCUUCCAACUACAAAAGAAUCCAUUAAUUCUAAUUGGAAUGAAAAUAGAGAACGAUUACUUGGUGGCUCAUCACAUUAUGAGAUGAUGCAAUUGAAUGAAAAGAAAAUGCCAGGAACAUCACAGCUAUUUCCUUCAAAUGAUGACCUAAGGAAAUUACAUCCAGCUCAUUAUCCAUAUGCGUACAAAGACAGAGAACUACAACAUCAAAGCAAUGAAUUCUCAUUAAAACAAAAAGAACAACUAUUAAGACAAGAAGGCACAACAAUUACGAUAAAAAAUGAAAGUAACGCAAAAACGCCAACACAAGAGUUUCCUGAGCGGCGUUCUGCUGAUCUUUUUCGUGACUAUAAACUCAAGCAACCCAAAGAAUCACCAGAUACAGCAAGACGAGUUAACGAACCUCCACCACUUGCGUAUCAACAGCAAUAUCCAGAUUUUCCACCAAAUUAUCUUCGGAGUCCUAAACCAGAAAAUAUGAAUAUCAAAAUGAAUCCAACCUCACCAGUUCCACAAUCAAGUCACUCAUCUCUUGAGUACCCUCCACUUAUGCCGCAUUAUAAAACACCAUCACCAAUUCCACAUCGGCAACAGAAAAGUCCGUCCAUGCAUGGUAAUUCACCGAUGAAUCCACCACAGAAUUGGCCUCCAAUGCCUUCUCAAAGUUCACGACACUCAAUGAGUCCAGCAAAUAUGUCAUCGUCACCAUCACAUCUAUAUCCACAUGCUGGAACUUCUAAACCAACAAUAAGUCAAUCUCAGAGUCCUAUAACACAUUAUCCUUAUCAUACAUCGCCGAAACUAAAUCACCAAAUGUUUAAACAUCCAGAAGCUACAAGUUCUCGACCAAUUGAUCCAAAAAGACCACCAAUGCAGAGUCAUAGUCCUGUUCAAAAUUAUUAUCACCAAAACUAUCCUGACUUUGGACGUAAAUUUGGGGCUGAAAGAAACAAUGCAAUGUUUAUGCAAGAACAAGGACUCAGGAUUCCUUCUAGCUACUCUCCAAUCGACACAAAGCCUUUAACAAUUGAUCUUCCACAACCAAGUAUCCCAUUAAGGCAAGAUCUUGAGAUCCGAUCAGUGCGUGAACCUUCUGACAAUAGACAUUCACAAUAUAGACAUCCAUCAUCGUCUAAUUAUGUUAUGUCUCAAGAAAGAGAACUUUCACGCCUUCCUCCUACGCAACAGCUACCAUUGUCAGAAAAUAUUAGUAUACGAAUGCCUGAAAUACGUUCACAAUAUCCAAGACUUGAGAAUGAGGCAUCAAUUAUUCUACCUGACUUGAAAAUAGAAAAAAGAAUAAGUGAGCCAUCAAAAAUUUACUCGCCAAUUCCGACAAGACGACAAGAGAGUAUCCCAGAACUCUCAAUUAUUCCAAAAAUUAAAACAGAACCUCCAUCCAGUACACCAACACCAUCAAAUUCAAGUAUUAUUAAGUCAUCGAAUACAAUUUUUACUGCAGUGAAAAGAGAAUCGCCUUUAGACUUGUCUGUAAAAACAAUUAAAACUAAAGCAGAUUCAACCGGUUGUGAUCCAGACUUUCGUUAUAAAAAAGAAUCAAAAUUAGGCUUAAAAGUAGAAUUUACUCCCAAUUUUGGAAAUAUUGCAAAAACUGAUUGCCGGCAACAAGCCCGAUUAGGUCCUCAAGAUUACAAUUUAGAGAGAUCUGCUCAUGAAAUUCCUGUGCGUUAUGUAAAAGACCAGGAUAUUGAGCGGAACUCCAUAGCAAGUAAAAUUCUUGAACCACAGGUUGCUACAAAUAGUAGAAAUCACUUUUAUGAUUACAAACAGCAGCAACCAACUUCUGAUGCUGACAGACCGCAUGCGCCAGUUCCUAUGCUACCGAAUUAUUAUCCCGAUCGACAUAAACCAAAUAAUGUUUAUGAAGGGAACAACAAUAUAACAUCAAAUGCACAACUUCCUGAAAAUGUUCGUCGUUCGUACGAAAACUCAAGACAAGAAAAUAAUUACCCACCAAAAACUUUUCAACCAAUUCCACAACGGACCAACUAUCAUUCAUCUCAAUCAAUGGCACAAAACAAUGUUCCGUAUCCUGUGAUUAAUAAGACCUCACCAGCCAUGACAUCUCAACCCUCUAAUUCAAAAGAUCCUCGUUAUUUAGAGAAAGAAAGAGACCGAAAAUAUGUUGAAAAUAUUCUCUAUGGCAGAAAUCGUAAGGAAUUGGAUCAAAAGCCAUAUCAACAAGAUUCAAGACAAUUUCAACCAAUUACGUCACCGCCAAGAAAAAGACACAAUGAAAUGUCAAAUCAACACAUGCAUGAUCCAACUGCUCCAAAACAAAGUCGUGUUGAGGAACCACCCAGAUUAUAUAGCUCGAAUAUGCCUCCUCAUGCUUAUGAAAGACGUGAAUCAAAUAUGAAUGCCUGCCCACCAACACACGUCAGACAUGAGACUUAUCCUAAAGUUGUUUCAGCAUCAACUGAUACGGCUUAUAAGCACUAUCCAAUACCACGAAAAGACGUGAUUAAAUCUGCCGAAAUAAUGGCAUAUAAUAAUCAAGGUCCAGCUGCAAAUUACUAUCCAAAUCCAAAAGCUGAAAUGAUUCACCGUAAUGAUCCAAGUCGGAGUCAAAAGUAUUAUUCAAGAGAACCAGAUAGAAACUUCUAUCAUCAUCAGCAGCAACCACCACCGAAACAGAAUUUUCUUCAACGCCCAGAUGAUGCCUCGUAUCCAGUACAUAUUCCAAGAAUCUCUCACCCAGUUCAGGAUAUGAGCAUCAAAGUUGAACAACUCACCCCUGGGCCAAUACCGGAAAAUCAAGGUGAACCACAAAAGCUAUUAAACAAUAUUUUAAUGCCAUCAAGUGUAAGCGGUAGUAAUGGAAAUAUUGCCCGCGGUGCAGAACAAAGUACUAUACAGAAAUUAAAAUCGAAUUUGGAGCUUAAAGAAAUGCAAAAGCUGAAGAAGAAUGAAUUGUGUGAAGAAAUUGAACAUAUUAAGCUAUUAAAUACCCAACCACAUCAUAUUAAGAUUGAUCUUUCUCCACGACAAUUCCGAACAAAAGGAGAACUUAAAGGCUACACACCACUACCAUUGAAUGCUGAAACAAAUAAAGCAAGCCCUGAUAUUCAGCAAAGUGCCACAUCUGGUUUCGAUUUACUUGAUUGGGGAAGUGCAUGUAAUGACUUUGUUCAACAACUUCAAACUGGAAAUAGGAAGCGCCUUAAGAAGAAACGUCCAUUUAGUGCAACAAAGAAUUUAAUAAAAAAUGAUGAAAAAAUGAUGGCAAGACAACCAGGAACCACAGCAAAUGAUUUGUCCGAGAUUCCAAAAGAAAUUUUGCAAUCAAUUAAUGAUAAUAAUGAAAAGUACUCGUCGAGUGACGAGGACAAACCUCUAGUCGAGAUAAAAAAUUCAAUAACGCAUGACAACAUGCCAGAGAUACUUACAAGAAACUUUAGAGAGAAACAACGUCAAGUUAUUGAACAGAAAUAUGCUGCACGAUUAGGACGACCAAGUAGUUCAGAAAGCGAAACUGAUACACGAAAAGCAUUAGUGAUUGUUAAACGUGUAAGACGCUUACGUAAACGAGAGCACCUUGGAAUAAAGAAAACUGAUGAUGAACAUUCAGUUGAAGAAGGAGAAAUUGAUGAUGAUGCUCAUAAUAAGAAUAAAAAUUCAAAAGUUCCUUCAAAGCUUGACGAUUUGACGAGCUCAGAUGAGGAUAAGAAGAAGUCAGUUAAUGAUGAUAAGAAAACUUCUGAAUCUAAAACAGUUGACGGCUGUUCAAAAAGAACGAGAAAGUCCAUGUCAGAACUGAAAGAGACACAAAAGAAAACUGCCGAAAGUUCAGAAGACUCGUCAGAAUCAACAAGUGAAGUAGAAACAACAGAAGAUAAAAUAAAGAAAUUAGCAACAGAAAGAAAUGCAAAAAAAUUAAAAGAUCUAGGCGAUGGAUCUAAUUUCAAAGUUUUACUUCAGGAAGAGGAGACAAUGACAAGGUCAAAACGCAAGCUAGAGAUUGAAAAGAAAUUAUCUAAUAGUAAAAUCUUACGAAAUGAUAAAAUUGUGCAAAAUAUUACACCUGACAAGAAAGGAAAAGUCGACACGUAUACUAGCACAAACAAAAAGAGUCCAUUGAAAAGAAAAGAUUCAAAUAAAUCUGAGGAUUCAAAGAGAAAAAUGCCUGAAAGCGAAACCGAAAAGGAAUCUACAAAUAGCACAAAAAAGAAACAGAGAAAAAUCUCGCGAGCUGGAGACAAAUCGUCCACUGAAGCGUCUGAAGAGGAGGAAGAAGAAGCGAACAAAACGGAAAGAUUAAGACCACGCAAAAAUAAGACGGAGAGCGAAAUAACUGCAAAACCAGCCACAAAAGAGACGGUUAAAAAGAAAGUUGCAAAAGAGGAAAUAGAAAGCACUUUAAAAGCUUCAGACUACAAAGAAGGCCGUAGAUCUCUGUCGGCACUCUACCCAUUUAGAGAAGACAAGACGUCGAAGUUCACACCAGGAUGGGAAAUGGAAGCUUACAACUUUAAGCGAUCGCUGAAUGUUCCUCCAGGUCUGAUAACUAUUGGUCGUCCUCCACAACAUGGUAUUUCACAUUCUUUACCUGAUUUAGAUCCCCAGACGAGUGAUACAUCUGAAAUCUUCUCAGAGUUCAUUAAGUCGAAGGAUAGAGAUGUAGGGAAGGAUGUAAGAGGUGAACAGUCCAGAACGAGGAACAAGCUGCCACCACCACCCAAACCAGAAAUCAAGAAACCACCGAACUCUAUCAUUGAUUUGCUGCAUCAGCGUGUUAUUCAAUCGUCUAACAAGAAAAUCAAGCAAACCAAAAAAGCAACAACUGCAAAUAAUAAAGACAAGGAUAAGAACAAGUACCAGGAUAAAGACAAAGUCAAAGAAAAGGAAGUAGCAAAGCCAAGCAAGGAAGCAAAUGAAUCACAACCGACGUCAGCUUCAGAAAAAGAAGGUGACAACUCUUUCGGGUACAAGAAAAAUAUUUUCGAACCAUUCAUCAUUACAUCUCGAACACGAACCGAGAACAAUGCAAUUCGAAAGAAAGAAAUUCUCAAGGAAGUAUUUGGAACCGACGAAGAUCGUCCACGAUCUGCCCCACCUAGUGCACAUGAACAAAAUAAUACUGAAGUUGAGGGCGAGAAAAGAUUGAGUUUUGAUCAAAAAUAUCGUGAAUAUCUUGAGAAAAUGAAUGUGGACUUUCCAGAAAGAAAAACUUACUUGCCCGAUGUGACUAAGAUCAAGCAAGAAAUUAAAGAAGAAGAAGAUGACUUUGAUGAUAAUGAGACGGUAGUUGCGUCAGAAAGAGAUCUUGUUACACCAACACUAAAGAGUAAAACUAAGAAAAACAGGCCACGACGAUUGAAAGGAAGUUCUGGUUUCGAUUAUAUCCGUAAGAAGAAAAAGCCAACACCAAAUAAUAGUGAGAAUCCAUUAAAUGUUAAUGCAAUCAUCAAAAAGCGACUUGCAGCUAUGGAGAAUCAGGAAACAAAAGAUGAAAACGAUAUAAGUAAAGAAAUUAAAGGUUGGGUAUUAAAUAAAGGUGUUGGAGAAAGUGUUCUACAUAAAGCUUCGCGAUUGAAUUAUGUGGAUGUAGUUGCAUAUUGCUUGGAUCGCAUUAGCAUGAGUCCUGAUUCUAAAGACAACGCAGGAUACACGCCUCUACAUGAAGCAUGCUCACGAGGUCAUCUCGAAAUUGCACGUUUAUUGCUUCAGUAUGGUGCAAAUCAUUCAGAAGCUGCCUUAUCUGGAAUACGUCCGUUGCAUGAAGCCAUUGAAAAUGGACAUAUUGAAAUGGUCCGAUUGCUAUUGUCGUUCGGUGCUGAUCCAUGCUUAGCAACAUACAGUGGACAGUUGCCAAUCACAAUGGCUGAUGAUAAAGAAAUGGAAGACUUUUUAAGUGCUUAUUUAAUCGAUACUGAUCACAAAGAGGGAAGGAAGACAAGCUGGGCUAUGGAUGGAGCUUUCAAGAUAGAAGAUCCCGACGAAAUAGGCUAUGAUAUAUUCUCAAAUGUUCCUAUUGUGAAAACAGACUUGGGUUCGUCAGUUGCGUCCAUAUUAUCAACAUCAAUGACUUCAUUGGUGACUGCCACAACGCAAUUGUCGGAUAAUGAGACUGUCAUUAGUGAAACUGCCACAACCAUACCAAGUAAGAUUUUAUCGACAACGCCCCAAAUGAAAGCACCGAUACAAGACUUAAUAAAAUAUCAGCAUAAAAUGAAAAAGUGCGACACUAAUUCUAAUAACUUAGUUGUUUCCGAUGCUAAUAAUACAGAAAGUAGUAAAGGCAUCAUAGCAGCAUCAAAGAAGACUAAAAGUUGUAGUGUAAUAUUAAAUAACAUUGAUUCGACAAUGAAGAAAAUCAAGAAGCUUCCUUCAAUCUCUAAACUUGAUUCCCACACAAUAAAAUCUAAUGAGGCAAUUCACAAGAUUGAGGAGAUCUCAAAUCACAAAGAAGACUACGACGACAUGAUUAUUGAUGAAAAUCUGGAGUCUGAUUGUGAAUUUUUCGAGCUAGAGGAAUCUGAGGCGCCAUUGCCUCCACUUUAUUUACUGAGAGGUGAAGGAAGUGACAAGUGGAUGUUGCUGGCUGAUUUGUGCAUUCUCCUGAAAGUUAAAUCCAAAGAAGCUGUUCUGAAGCAGAUCUGCCCAUCAAGUCCACCAUCAGCAAACAAGGAACUGAUUCGUGAGCUGAAGAUGUCUGAAUUUUUGGAAAAGGCAAUAUGCUUACAAUUAUUUUGCGCUGGAGAGAAAAUCAACAUACGAGCAUCGAAAGUGUCUCUCGUACGUUACACUGAAAAUGUUAAGAACCUUCUAGGUGUUCACACGAUAAAAAUGAAUUUGUGAUUGUUUUAUAGCGGCCCAUGAAGCAUUUAUACAGAAAAAAAAAAAUUAAUUAAUUAUGAUGAAGAAAUGAGAGUUACUUAAUUUAACAAUUUUAUACAGAAUUUAAUUGUAGAAUGUGAAGUAAAUUAACUGUGAUAGUCAAAUCAACUUGAAAGCUUUGUCACGAGAAAAAAAAUGGUUGGGAAGAUUUUAAAACAAAAAAUUGUAGCAAAAAAAUUAAUGAAAAGGAAAGCCGUUAAAAAAUUCAUUGGCAGUCAAUUUUUCUUAUUUUUAAGUGCUAAUUGAGAAUAUUCAAAUAUAUUCAAGGAUUUGAAGAUGAAAUUUAUUUGAGAAAUGCUCAGGGAACAAAAACACACACACACACACACAUAAUAAUAAUAAUUAGAAUGGAAACGUUUUGAAUGUUCUCCUCCUUAGUUAUAAACACAAAAAUAUAUAUAUAUCGUAAAAUACCUUUAAUUAUUAUUGUUUUAUGUUCAUUAUUAUUAACUGUAUCACAUUAUUAUUAAACCUUUAUGACCAAUUUUUUUUUUGUUAAGUGUAAGUAUGAAUUAGUUGAUUUUUGAAAUUUAAAUCUCGUUUGUAUCAUAAAACUGUUCUUAGUUAAAAUUUUUAAACCUUAAUAAUUAUAUUAGCUCAUAAGACUCAUUGAAUUAACAAGAUUUGUGAAUAAGUUAGUCUGGGUAAAUCCCUUUUGCACCACUAAAGUGAAAUGGCAGUUACAAAGUAAAAUUCAAAUAUUUAACGACUUUCUGAAAUUCAAAUUCAGACCACGUGAAUAAUUUGAAACAAAAAUAUCCGUUAAAAAUCCAGCUGUUAUUUCAUUUCUGAAGUGUUCCUGAUCGUCUUCGAUAUAAAAAAAUAAGUAUAUGAGACUUUGAACGAUAAAAUGGCCUAAAGUUUUUGACACUCUGAUGUUUAUGAAAAGAAAGUGCAAUGGAACAAAAUGUAGACAGAAUCUAUUGUAGGUAGAAAAUAUUUCAUUGCUAUUUGAAUGGAAAAAUGUGAUGAAGUUUAGUAAAGAAUAUUUUAGAAAUUGAUUAAUCAUAAGGAAGUGAUUUGGAAAGUAUGUUAAUUUUGAAGAAAAAAAAAAAUAAAAAAGGAAUUUGAACAAAAAAAAUUUGAUGUUUUUGGAUUUCACUCAUUCAUUCCUCCUUUAUUCACGUUAUUAUUUAUUCAUUCAUGAGUUAGUGGUAUGUAAAAAGCCGACUUAUAACACUAGAAUUAAAUUAAAAGAUUUGAUGCGAUCCAUAUAAAAAAAAAUCAUAACUGUAUAAUUCAAAGAUUUCCGAUCCUCAAUUUUGUUAUCAGUUGGCUUUAUAGUUUAUUUAACAUGUUAAACAUAUUUAUAUUCAAUCAAAUAUAAAAAAAAAUCCUUAUUAAUCCUCAUCGGAACCGCUCUUGUUGGAAUCUUUGUCGCCUGUAUUAUUCUCACCGGCAUCACCAUCAAAUUUCAUGCCUUCCUCAUUUUCACUCUCGUCUUCGUCACCUGAAACCUCAGCAUUUUCCAUUUCAGCGCGUUCCAUUCGUCGAGCCAAGUCAGCUUCAUCGAUUGCAGUAAC